CGACGGGGGAAAAAAAUGCAGAAGUCUCUGUAUAAUCUUUUCUUCGAUGCUUGGCUCCCGAUUCUCUACCGUCUCACACUCCUCCAAUUUCCCGCUAAAAUAUCUGGAAUUCGUUAAUUUCUACCCCUUUAUUUUCAUCCAAUAUUUAAAUUCUUCUGUAUACGUUUCCUUUUUUUUUUUUCCUCUUCGAAAACCCAUAGUGCCACGUGAAUCAUUAAUUAUCCAUCAAGCCUCGAUCAAACAUAGCAUAUGUCAUAGGAUUUUACAAAUACGAAGCACGUGUUCGGAGAAGAAUCAGAAAAUGGAAUGCCUGGUUUAUAGCAAGAGUUCGCGAUUUCCUGCUCGACUCAAUCCGGCCUGAUUUCUUUGCGGAAUCUCCGAGAAAUCCCCACAGACACUCUUCAAUCAGCGAAGAAAGAGGGAAAUUGAAGAAAAUAGCGUGAAAAAUCAUCGAAGAAAGAAGGAAAUCGUACUUACCUGUCGAAUGGCCCACCUCCGCUCACCAAUCUUCGCUACAGCCUACAGGUUGUUGGCAUUUGGAAACAUUAGGAGAGUUGGGAAUUUCUUUCUUGCAAGCCAAACAUCUAACUUUUCAGUUGCGAGGGAUCAUGGGACACUUGCUACAUUCGGACUAUCUUCCACCCUAUGCAGACUAUAUUCACAAUAUAAGCUUCCUAGUAGAGGGACAGUAUACAAAGCCAAGGAAAAUCUUUGUAGGAGUAGCUAUUCUACGAACUUUUCUGUCCUUUCAGCAAGCAAUUCUAUGACACAUCAUGCCCAAGUUGCUUGGAGAAGGCUUUCUCAGAUAUGUUCAUACAGUGGUCCAGCUUUUCCACCGAUAAGUCGGAUUGCAUGUGCGGUUAGCUUGGCCUUCACCAGAUCACACCUGGUUCCUAGUGUUUUUGCCUUCAUUCUAGGAGAGGUAGCAUGGACUCAGAGGACCUGGGCAGAUGCAGAACCCUUCCCAUCCCAGAAUACACUAUACACUCGAGCACAAGACGGGCACAUUUAUUUCACUUCGUUAUUUUUUUCAUUUCUGGAGGGCUUUAUUUUGUUUGUAAGAGCAAUCUAUUUGAUGAUUUUAUUUUCUCCUACCUUAGCAAUGGCUCCGUUCGCAGAUUCUUUUGGUGUUCAGUUCAGGAAAUUGUGGCUUCAUCUGGUCCAUCUUACUCUGGAAAGAGCUGGUCCAGCAUUCAUAAAAUGGGGCCAAUGGGCAGCUACUCGACCAGAUCUCUUUCCUAGAGAUCUAUGCACUGAGCUGGCCAACCUGCACAGCAAAGCACCAGCACACAGCUUUGCAUACACUAGAAAGACAAUUGAGAAAGCAUUUGGUCGCAAGCUUUCCGAAAUUUUUGAAGAUUUUGAGGAGGCACCCGUAGCAUCUGGAAGUGUUGCACAAGUGCAUCGGGCUUCUUUGAGAUUUCGAUACCCAGGUCAACAGGUCAAGCCCAUUUUAGUUGCAGUAAAAGUUAGGCAUCCGGGUGUUGGUGAAUCAAUUAGGAGGGAUUUCACAAUUAUUAAUUUGUUUGCCAGAGUUUCAUUGUUCAUCCCGACAUUGAAGUGGUUGAGACUGGAUGAAAGUUUACAGCAGUUUGCUGUUUUCAUGAUGUCUCAAGUUGAUCUCGCGAGGGAAGCUGCCCAUUUGAGUCGUUUCAUUUAUAAUUUCCGCAGAUGGAAGGAUGUAUCCUUUCCGAAGCCUCUAUAUCCGCUUGUGCAUCCUGCUGUUUUGGUUGAGACAUAUGAGCAAGGAGAAAGUGUUUCGCACUAUGUUGAUGAGCUUGAGGGGAAUGCUCGAGUUAAGCGUGCUCUUGCUCAUAUUGGGACUCAUGCACUCUUGAAGAUGCUUCUGGUGGACAAUUUUGUUCAUGCGGACAUGCAUCCCGGGAAUAUCCUUGUCCGUGUACCUCAGGCCAAGUCUUCACGUAAAGGACUGUUUAAAUCCAGGCCUCAUGUCAUUUUCAUUGAUGUCGGCAUGACGGCUGAGCUUUCUAAGAGUGAUCGUGUGAAUUUGCUGGAGUUCUUUAAAGCUGUUGCUGUUAGGGACGGCCGCACUGCUGCACAAUGCACUCUAAGAUUAUCGAAGCAACAGAACUGCCCAAAUCCAGAGGCCUUCAUAGAGGAAGUUGGGAGGUCAUUUGAUUUCUGGGGCACCCCAGAUGGUGAUUUUGUCCAUCCUGCUGAAUGCAUGCAGCAAUUGCUAGAGCAAGUUCGGCGGCAUAAAGUCAAUAUUGAUGGCAAUGUUUGCACUGUGAUGGUGACCACUUUGGUUCUCGAGGUAAUGCCUUACAUCAUUUGGAUGUGCAUAGCUUAGACUCAGUAUGACACACACCUGUAAUCUGUAAGCAUACAUCUAUGUACAUGUUGGUUGUUGCAUUGUAAUAUACUCAACCUGACUUUUCAGUUUGUACAAGUUGCUUAUUGUCCUGUGAUCCAGACCGGUGGUC